AUGCCAGUACCAGUUUCGAACAAUACAAUGGCACAUUCUGUACAAAGUAAGAAACGGAAGAAAAGAGGUCAAGAUAAGGCACCUAUUUCUGCGAGAUUGAUUUUAGAUGAGCAUUUGAAAGGGCAUGUGGGAUUCAUAUCUAAGGAUCUGGCAAAAGAUCUGUUUCUAGCACAAAGUGGUGUACCUGCGGAAGCUGUGCAGCAUAUUGCAAUAUCUCCCUGGGGCCCUACUAAAGCAGUCGAAAACUCGACAUGGACUGUUGUUCCUGUCAGGUCCUCGGACACUCUGGCACAUUCCACCGUACAAUUCUCACCCGACUCCCCUGCUCUACAAGCAUUCGCCGAAGCCUUGCAGAGAGUUGCGCCGUCAAAGGUAUCGAGCAACAGUCGAAGCGGUAUUGAAAUAUGCGUCUUAGAUAUUGUGCCAUUACCGUUAGAGACAGUAUAUGUUACAGUUGAAGGAGAAUCUGCGAAGCGAUUAGAAAAUGGCGAGGGGACAUUUCACGGGGAACAUCCACAGACGAACGGACACUCGAAGUCUAGAAAUGGGACAAUGCCAGAGGAUAAACUGACAAAGGCGAUUCGGGAGGCUCUAAGAUCUUUGAGAGUUGUACACACCGGGGAUUAUGUUCCAUUACCUUUACAGCCCCAUCCGAUCACUCACGUUCCUCCUCCCCCAGCAAGAGUCACCCUUAGCGAGCCUGUAGGACAAGGACUGCUGUCGCCGAAAACCAGAAUUAUUGUCACACAGACUGGACACCAUGCGAAGAGCCCACGAAAACAGACGCCAACUCCCCUGAAUCGAGGGUUGAAUCAAGUGACGGAAGAGGAUGAGGAUACAAGUAAUGAUCAAUUCUAUUCCGCUGCCGAGGACAGAUAUAAAACCGAUACUGCUUUUGAGGAGGAAUCUGAUUAUGUUACAGAAACAGACACUGAGCUAGAAAGCAAUGCCGAUAAUGAUAGCCUAUCGGAUGAUUCUAUGGAGGACAUGAUCUCGCUACAAGCACCCAUGUUACCAGCUCAUAACGCGAGUGGAAUCUCGACAAUACAGCCGGGAUCCCCCCAAACAGUUGUACCCGGUGGGCGAAGGACAAAUGGCAUCGCUACUCCAGGUUCCGUAUUUUCCUCUUUCACGACGACUACUCGGGCUGGUGGGCAAAGUGGAAGAUUGUUCAAAACGCAAGGACUAGCUAGACCACUUUCCGACGAGAUGCUGCACCCUAAACCCAAUACUGACGAUGAUGAUGAGGCGAGGAUAUUCGUUGAUAUAAAUUCUUUAACCAAGAUUGGGUGCUUUUCAGGAGAUUGGGUACGGUUAGAGGCAGCCGCAGAACCUCCCACAAAUGGCGUCGGUCUUUGGGGGCUGGGGAGCUUUGGAGAAGUGGAAGAAGAGAAGCCCUGGCGGCCUGUGAAGGUGUUCGGUCUGCCAGAAAGCUAUUCACACCGUCCCAUGACCAAAAUACCGCGUAGCAAGCAGGAGGGUCGAAGACUUUCCUUUUUUGAAUCACAAGUCCAGAAACCUGCGAGUCCAACGGCUUACAUGUCACCUAUACUUCUUGCAAAUUUGGAGAACACCUCAUACUGUCGCAUUGCGCCUCUGAAACGAGCGCCGCAAAUCAUGAAGACGCCAUUAGCUAAAAUUACCAACUUUUCUAGCCCUCCUGCGGCAAAAGAGUUAACCCUCAUGAAAAUUUCAACCCCCGCUUCGAACGAGCGUACUUUGCAAACUGCCUUAUUUGCUGGACUGAAAAAGCAUUUCGCCGGAAGGACGAGGAUCGUGAGAAAGGGCGAUCUCAUUGCUGUCCCAAUGGAUGAAAGUGUUGGCCGAGCUUUACAUCAGACAUCUGCAUCUGAGGAUCUUGCGAUUGAUGGCAUAUUGUUAAACACAACACUCACUAAUAUCAAAUCCAGUAAAUUGGCCAAGAUUAUUAGUGUCGCUUGGUUCAGAAUAAGCUAUGUUGGUUUGACGAAGGACAGCCCAGAGGGUAGCGAAGAUGAUGAUAUAUGGGGAGGUGUUGCCUCGAUCGAUGCCUCAAAUACACGAAUGAUGCAGUCUGGGAGUGAAAAUAGUCGACUACCCGCAACCAUAACGAAUUCUUGGGAAUAUUACCUGGGACUCAAGUCGAUAUCCAAGAACGAUCUCGAGUCCACGGCGAUAUCAGAAGUAAAAAGACCGCAUGUCACGACUCUGCAACGACGGCUGAGAGAACUGAUUGCCGCAGCUACAAGCCCUAGAGCUAUACAUUUAAAGUUACCGCCACUUGCAAUCCUCCUUGUGUCUACGCAACGUAGCAUUGGAAAAGCAACGUUAGCAGCUAAGUCUUGUGCGGACAUUGGAUUACAUACAUUCAUGCUUGAUGCCCAUCAUAUCAUCAGCGAAGGCGGAGCUGGAAGCGAUGUCAAGACUGCUGCAUUUCUGGAGGUGCGCGCCGAAAGGGCUAUGAAUUGCGGUCCUGAGUUCUGUGCACUUCUCAUACGUCACAUUGAGCACCUCACGGCUGAUAGAAUGGUAACUACACUGAAAGACAUACAAAGUGGAACGAGAGUCAUCAUUGCAACUACAACAGAGGUUGACAAAAUUCCAGACGGUAUUCGAGGUUUGUUCACUCACGAACUCGAAAUGACCGCCCCUGAUGAGUGGGAGCGGGAAGGAAUACUUCGUGGAAUCAUUGAUGACCACGCGAUCGCUCUUGCGCCAGAUGUAGAUCUCAGCUCGGUUGCUGUAAAGACUGCUGCUCUUGUGGCCGGGGACUUAGUUGAUGUUGUGGAAAGAGCUCUCGAGGCACGGGACUCUCGGAUAAAGGCACUCGCAGCUGCGUCCACGAACGCCGAGAAAGUUGUGACAAUUCGUGAUAUACUCGUCUCUGGCGGUCCAGCAGGUCGCUGUCUUACUAAAAUAGAUUUUGAACUUGCAGUAGACGCCGCGCGCAAGAAUUUUGCUGAUGCUAUUGGCGCACCUAAGAUUCCAAAUGUUGGUUGGGAUGACGUAGGUGGUCUGUCAAAUGUCAAAGAGGCAGUAAUGGAGACCAUUCAAUUGCCUCUCGAGCGACCGGAAUUGUUCGCAAAAGGCAUGAAGAAACGGUCUGGUAUUCUGUUCUACGGUCCUCCUGGUACCGGAAAGACUUUACUUGCGAAAGCUAUCGCUACGGAAUUCAGUCUCAACUUUUUCAGUGUCAAGGGUCCAGAGUUACUGAAUAUGUACAUUGGUGAAUCCGAGGCUAAUGUUCGACGAGUCUUCCAACGUGCGCGCGAUGCACGACCUUGUGUGGUUUUCUUCGACGAGCUUGAUUCCGUGGCGCCUAAGAGAGGUAAUCAGGGAGAUAGUGGUGGAGUAAUGGACCGCAUUGUGUCACAAUUGUUGGCUGAGUUGGACGGCAUGUCUGAUGGAGAUGACGGUGGUGGAGGUGUGUUUGUUAUUGGCGCAACAAAUCGACCGGAUCUCUUAGAUGCAGCUUUGUUGAGACCAGGAAGAUUUGACAAGAUGUUGUACUUGGGAGUAAGUGAUACACAUGAGAAGCAGGAGACGAUCUUGGAAGCGUUGACCAGAAAAUUUACACUCUCGCCUACGCUAUCCCUCUCACGCGUCGCUUCUAUGCUUCCUUUUACAUACACGGGGGCCGAUUUUUAUGCCCUUUGCUCCGAUGCUAUGCUCAAGGCUGUAACUCGUCAAUCAUCCCUUGUGGAUUCGCAUGUCGCUAAACUUAACUCCCAACGCGGAAGCGAGGGUAAAGGAAAGGUCUCAACAGCAUAUUGGUUCGACCAUUAUGCGAAAGAGGAUGAUUUGCGUGUAGUAGUACAAGAAGAAGAUUUUAAAGCUGCAGGGAGGGAAUUGGUUCCUAGUGUUAGCCCAGGAGAACUGGAGCAUUAUGCAAAAGUCAGAGGUCAAUUCGAGGGUGUGAAAGAAAAGGAUAAAGUUGCGCAAAGACCUGGUUCAUCGGGAAGUUCAAGGAGUUCGAGAAAAGGCAAGGGAAAAGGAAGGGUAGAUGUUAAAGGGAAAGGAAAGGCGAAAGAUAUGGGUGGGCGGGAUGAAAACGCUGAGGAUGGUUACUCUAAUGACAGUGAAGGAGAACAACUUAAUGGUACAAUAAGAGCGAAGGGGAAAGGAAAGGAGCCCGUCCAGGGACUAUUCCAGGAUGGAAGUAUGGAAGAUGAAGAGAACUUAUAUUGA